AUGGCCACCGCUAUUGAAGUUCUCGAAGCAGAAUCCAGUGGAGGCAAGAAGCGCAAGCUGGGAUUGAAAGAAACUCAUGCUCUCAGGGUUGCGGAAGCAGUCGUGGAGAAGGACCGUCUUGAAAAACAAACAACUAAACUUGUCCUGGCGUUGAAGAAAGAAGUUGCGAUGCUCAAGGAGUGUCUGGCCAGCGAGAAAAGAUGGAGUGAUGCACUUGCAUUGGAACUCAUCAAGCAUGGAAAUGAAGUUCCAUUCAAUCCUUUCCAUCGACAAGAAGUUACGGCCCUGCCUGAGAAAGACAACAAGGAUAUUGAAGGUGACAACGAUGUUCCAGACAGAGCUCGAUCUGAGGAUGAGAAGGAGGACACGAUGGAUGAUCUGUGA